AUGAGGACGUCUUGUUGCCAUUCAUUUGUGGCAUUCAUUCUCAAAUUCCUCAUUUUCUUCCAAACAUUCCUUGGAAUUUCGAUCAUUGUUUACUCUGGGUAUAUGUUGAAUCAGUGGGAGAAACACUUGCCGAUUCCGUCACCUCCACCUUCACCAUCACCAUCACCAUCACCAUCACCAUCAUCAUCACCAUCACCAACACCAUCACCAUCACCAUCAUCAUCACCACCUCCUUCAGAUUUAGCUCCAGCCCCAUCGCCGAAUUCGUCAGAAUCUGUUUUCUCCAUUUUCAACACGGGUAGGGUUUCUUAUCAAGUGAUUCAUCUGAAUCUUGGAGAUGGCACGAUUGACAGUUUCUAUGGCGGGAUAAAGCUCGAUUCCAAUCCCAUUCCUGCUCCCUGGUUCAUAUACGCAUUCAUGGGAUUGGGUGUUGUACUUUGUUGUAUCUCUUGUAUUGGUCAUAUUGCAGCUGAAGCAAUCAAUGGGUGUUGCCUUUGUUGCUACACCAUACUGAAAGUUGUAUUGAUCCUGCUUGAGGUGGCUUUAGUGGCAUUCAUUGCACUUGAUCAUCGUUGGGAAAAGGAUCUACCACAGGACCCAACUGGAGAAAUUGAUAGCAUUCGGGGUUUCAUAGAAGAUAAUAUUGAUAUCUGUAAAUGGGUUGGCAUUGCUAUAAUUGUAAUUCAGGUGGUAAGUCUACUUCUUGCUGUAGUUUUGGGAAUGAUGGUGUCUUCAGAGAAGAAGAAGAAGGAUGAUGAUCUGGAGGAAGGUUCUGUUUCUGGUUCAAGAGGGAAAGCAUGGGAGCCCCUCUUAAACUCAAAUUCAAACCAAGCAUCAUCCUCAACCUCAACCUCAACUAGUGGUGGUGAUGCUAAAGCUUUUAAGUCUGACAUCUGGACCUCAAGGAUAAGAGAAAAGUAUGGAUUGAAUAGCAAUCAGAGUGCAGCACUUGACAGGAAAGUCUAAGCAGCAGCAACAUUUUAUCUCCAAGAUGUUGGGAGAAACCUCAAUCUCAUUAUUUAAUGAAAGCCGCAAUGCAAUUUCAACCUGUUUGCCUAUUUAAAGGAUUAUGGGUGAAUUUUGCUAAGGUACAAUUUUAUUUUAUUUUCUUUAUGAUUUUAUUUGUAUAGAUAGCCAUAGCCCCGUGUGAUCAUUUUAUAGUCUCUCAAUCCAUCACUCUAUUUCAGAAUCACAAUUAUCUUCAUUUCCUUCACAUCUUAUCUAUCUAACAACCGGUGUUGUACUUGUACCAUAAGCAUUUGUAGAUGUACAUUGUGUGGUAACAUCCUCUACAAUCUCUCUGUGUAUGUGUGUGUGUGUUGAAUUUCAUACAUAUCUUGUUACAGAUGCUUCGAGUUAAAAAUUGUGUCCAAAACUAUGGUGUUGAAUUUCAUAAAUCUUGUUUUAUAGUUAUACAUUGUAUAAUUCAGAAUACUUAUAAACAAUCAUGAUCAUCAUCGUUGAGUCACUG